GUUGUCGCUCGACUCUUGUGGUGAUAGGACGUGUGCCAGGAGAGAGCGCUACGUUUUUUCGCUCGCAUCUGUGCGUCCGUUAAUGUGAUAUUCGCGAGUGUUAUCAGCUAACUGUAAACAGCGCGAAUUUGAGCUUUGUUCUUAUACAUUUUUUAAAAGUGUUAACGAUUUAGUUUGGGUAAAUUUGUUUAAACCCAGAUUAGGUUGCAAAGGUUAAUUUUGGAAGGUUUUUAGUUGAGAAAACUUGGAGUUUCUAGUUGAAAAAAUUGAAGUUUCAACGUGUUAUAGUUGAAAACCUUUUAGUUUGCAAGUGUUUCAAGUAGAAAAAAGCUUGCAUAAAGUGAGAAAAGCUUUGUUUUCGACUAAAGUUUAUCGAAAACCUCGAAAAUAAUUGAUGAGUUAACAUUGAGACUCUACGGUAUUCAAUUCAAAUAUAUGCUAUUCAUCAGGUUUAUACUAAAUACAAGAAGAUUCGAAUUUGAGUAAAUAUUGAGCUGGCUAAUUUUAUAGUCAAGUCUCGUACUACCAGAUUUUAUAUAUAUUUGGAUUUUUAUCGAGUUUUAUAAAAUGGUAAGAGGAUUUUGAAAAUUUCUGAAAGAGUUGGUACUGAUUUUGAGGAUCUGGAGAAUUAUUGAGCAUUAGAAACAUAUAGUGUGUACACUUUGUGACAAGAAUUUACAAUACACUGUGUUUUAUAAACUUGAUAUAUUGGAGAGAAGCCUGUGAGCAUCUUCUUACAAAUUUCAUCACAUUCCACUAAGGAAAAAGGAGCUGAAGCAUUCAUCACACAUAGACAAGUUAAAACAAAGAAUCCCCAAUGGUGGACUACUACAGGGUGUUGGAUGUUAGCAAACAGGCAUCAACCGAAGAUAUCAAGAAAGCAUAUCGAAAGCUAGCCCUAAAAUGGCACCCCGACAAAAAUCCGGACAACCCUGAUGAGUCCAAUAAAAAAUUCAAAGAGAUCUCUGAAGCCUAUGAAGUUUUGUCGGAUGACUCAAAACGCCGUAUUUAUGACCAGCGAUGCUCAGCCAAAUCAGCCUCGGCUCGCUCGCAACGGACUUACACACGCACUUUUUUCGAUUCACCCUUCCGACACUAUUUUGAAAAGAAACGCCGCGUGUACGACCAGUAUGGCAAGGAAGGCCUGGGACUGGGAGACCGCGGGCGGUCACGUGGUCGCCACCACAGUCAGGACCCCUUCCAGGACAUGAUGUACGAGUUCCACUUUGCGUUCAGAGACCCCGACGAGGUGUUCAGGGAGUUCUUUGGCGGGUCGCCGUUUGAUGACAUGUUUGGAGGUUCUUCUAAACGAAAUAGUUUGAGAAGGCAUGGAGGUAGUCUAUGCAGUCUUUUGUCAGUAGGUCGCCACAACCACUGGGGUCACGGGGGCGGUCAUGGUCUGAGCCCAUUCGGCGGUCUGCACCCGUUCGACCUGAACAUCGCCACCUUCGGGGACAUGUUUGGAGGUGGUCAGAGGGGCGGUCACGGCGGUCAACCUCAGUUCAUGUCGUUCAGCUCGUCGUUCGGGGGCGGUCACGGGGGUGGAGGUGGGGGUGGAGCCAACGUGAAGAGGACAUCCACGUCGACACGGUUCAUCGGCAACAAGAAGAUUACCACCAAGAAAGUCGUUGAGAACGGCAAGGAAACGGUCCUACAGUACGAGAACGACGUCCUCAAGUCGAAAACGGUGAACGGCGUACCGCAGUCAAUCACUUACAACUAAUCGAAAGCCUUUGCGAAAUCUACAAAUAAUUCAUCAUUUUUUCAUCUCGUUUUA